AUGGCUAGAUUACUUAAGAUGCAGAUACAGGGAAUCCGAAGCUUUGGUCCGAACGACAGUGAUCAGCAGAUGAUUACGUUUCAAUCACCUGUGACGCUGAUAUUAGGGCAGAACGGAUGUGGUAAGACGACGACAAUUGAAGCCCUGAAGUAUGCAGCUACAGGUGAGGUGCCAGCAGGAACUAAACAAGGGCAGUCGUUUGUUCAUGACCCGAAGAUGGCUCGUCAGCCAGAGACAAGGGGCCAAAUAAAAUUGUUGAUGGCUGAUCGCAAAGGCGAAGAAGUUGUCAUCACACGUACGUUACAAACAACACAGAAGGCAAAAAAUUUGCAAUUGAAAACACUGGAUCCAGUAAUUCAUAGGAAGAAGUCUAGUGGUGAAGUUGUACAGGUUGGUGGACGGUGCAUUGAUGUAAAUUUAGAAAUGUCUCAUGUUUUUGGUGUAUCAAAAGCUGUUCUGAGCAAUGUUAUAUUUUGCCAUCAAGAAGAUUCUAACUGGCCAAUGGAUGAGGGAAAGAAACUCAAGGAGAAGUUUGAUUCCAUAUUCGAUGCAACAAAACUUAAUAAAUGUUUGGAACACAUCAGAGAUCUUAGGAAAGCAGUAAAUACAGAAAUCAGCACUGAUGAGAAACUUCUGAAAUCACAACAAGAGAUAAAAGAUGAGACUGUUUCAAAAAAGAAGGAUUUACAAGAGGCAGAGAGUCGUCUGGCAGUAACUCAGGACAAAAUAGAUAACUUGAGCGAUAAACUAUCACCUUUGCUAGAAAAACUAGAUGAAAUUUGUGAUGUGGAAAAGGAUUUCCUUCAGCUCACCAGGGAGAAAGAAAGAGCUGAAGACAAGAUGAAAAUACUAGAAUCGCAACAAUCAGAUUUAAAGAAGAAUAUUAAGGAAGUGCUUGAGUGGAAAACUUUAGAAGAAAUAACUGAUUUAAUCAACAGUUUUAAAACUGAAGCAAGGAACUGGCAGGAGCACUUGAAAUCUAUGGAGAUUGAACUUCAGCAGAUAUCUAGGGAUGAGGAGCGAGUAUUGGAAGAAACAAGCCAAGAGCAGAUGACUCUUGGAAAACUUCAGAAAGAGGAAGAAGAUCAUAAUACUCGAAUAGAUGCACGCAAUAAGAAUCUACAGAGAUUGGCAGAAACAUUUCAAAUAAGAGUAAAAGAAGAUACAUUUUCUUCAGAAGUUCUUGUCUCAAAUUUAAUGCAUCAAGUCGACGAUAAAAUAAGAGAGUCAAAGGUACAGUUUGAGCAGUUACGGAACAGGUUUCAAAGAGAAGAGCAGGAACUCCAAAAAAUUGAAGAUAUAGAGAAAUCUGGUGAAGAACUUGUCAAAUUAGGAAGAGAACUGGAGCAAGCAAAAACUAACUGGGAAACUGCUUGUCAAGAACUUGAUGAAGAACAGCUGAAAAAAGAAAUUAGAGAUCAGCACCAAGAGAGCAACAGGCUGGAUGAUAAGCUAGUUAUUGAGGAUAAAGAAGUUCAGACAUUGCAGCUGUUGAGUAGUGAGCAGGCACAGCUUGAUAUCCAGAACAAACUGAAGGCAUCUAAGGAGUCCGAACUCAAAAAACUAAAGAACAAACACAAUGAAGCACUGCGCCACCUUUUGUUUACAGUGCCACAACAAAAUUUGAAACAUGACUUGGAUGCUUGCAUGCUUCAACUGACUCGUCAGAUCAACAACAUCAAUGAGAAGAUAAAUAGUAAGCAGAAUGAGGCGGCUGCACUUGAAGUGAAACGAGCCCAUCACAAGGAGCAGUUGGAUUUGAAAGAAAGAGAGCUGCGAAAAUUUGAAGAAGAAAUAUAUGAUUUGUGUGGCAGGCAAGAUUUUGAUGAGUACAUACAAAGUGUUUCUGAUAGAAUACAAGAACUGCAGGACCAAAAAGGAACGCUCAGUGCUUCGGAAUACAUGUUCCGUCGCUACAUUCAGAAACUGGAACAGGAAGAUCCUUGCUGUCCAUUGUGUCAUAGGGAGUUUGAAGCCGCUUCUGAAGCUGCUGAACUUGCAUAUGAACUGAGUAAUAAAGUCAGUGAAGUCCCAGCACGCCUUCAGGACAAUAAGAAAGAACUAGAAAAUAAGCUAAAGGAAUAUGAUAAACUUUUGCAAAUGAAACCUGCUUAUGAAAGAACUGAUAUCAUGCGCACCAAGGAGAUACCAGAAAUGAAAGAGUCACUUCAUCAAACAGAAGAGGCUUUAGAUGCAGCUCGGAAACAGAUUAAAGAUUUGAAGGAGCAGUUACUGGGUCCAAAAGCAAAGGAGCAGAUGGCAAAGGAUAUCCAAGGAGAUGUAGUCCGCAUUGAUCAGUUGCAGACAGAACUGCGCCGCAUAGACAAAGAAAUUCAGGAGCUGCAGUCUAAGAUGCCCACAGGAUCGUCACGCUCCAUGGAGGAAGCCCUGGCAGAGCAGGAGGAGCUUCGAGCACAAGUCAGUGCUAUUCAGCGUGCACUCCACAUGAAGCAGGAGUCACUGAGAAGGCAUUCAGAGAGAGUCAACCAGCUGAGGGAGCGCAAAAAUGUACUUAUGGAAAAGAAAUUGAAGCUCGAAAGUGGACAGCAGAAACGUCGACAACUGGAGGAACGUUUGCAGGAGUUGCAAAGUAUGCAUGUGAUGAUACAGUCAGAAAUUGAGGUGCUCGAGACCCGACUUCAAGAAGCUAGAGAGACACUUGAUUCUGCAGUGCAGUCAAAAAAUAUUAGAGUUACAGAAAAUCGAAAAAAUGUAGAUCAGGGACAAAAUAAGAUUGUUGAGCAAGGAAGGAAACAUGAUGAAAUUUGUAAUUGGCAUAAUAGCAUUCAACGGUAUGAACAGAGCGGCAUGAAAGAGAAACUUACGUCAGUUCAAGAAAGAUUGAUAGAACUGGACUCUAAAAAGGAGACCCUUGCAGAUAAAAACAGAAGAACGUGUGAAAACAUUGAUAAGCUUAAAGAAAAAAUUUCAAAUCAGCAGCUGAAAGCAAGAGAACUUGAAGAUAACAAAAUAUUGAAGGAGAAACAGGUAGAAGCUGAAGAACUGAAGAGUGUAAUAGAUAAAGUAAAACAGCGCCUUGGUAAGUUCCAAGUGAAAACCAUUGAAGAAGAGAAAAGUCGUCUCUGCAGAGAAAUUUCAGCUGUCAAAGAGGAGAAAUCAAUUUCAGAAGGACGAUUUAAGGAAUUAAGAGAUAGUGUGAAUACUCUGCGACGAGAUCUAAAUAAGGACAUAUAUAAAAAUGCAGAAAAAAAAUACAAUGAUCUGCAGCGACGAAUUAAGGUAAACCAGCUAGCAUCAGCUGAUCUGAACAAAUACUUUGUCGCUUUGGAUUGGUCACUCAUUUACUUUCAUCAGGAGCGCAUGAGGAAGAUUAAUACGAUUAUAAGAAAACUGUGGCGAAAAAUCUAUCGUGGGAAUGAUAUUGAUUAUAUAGAAAUUAAAACAGAUGCUCCUGAAACCACGAGUGCAGACAAGAAGCGAACAUUCAACUAUCGGGUUGUUCAGGUGAAGAAUGAUGUUGAGAUUGAUAUGAAGGGACGCUGCAGUGCUGGGCAGAAGGUUCUAGCGUCGCUUGUUAUCCGAAUUGCUUUGGCAGAAAUUCUAAGUAUUAAUUGUGGAAUCUUAGCUCUGGAUGAACCAACCACAAAUUUGGAUAGGGAGAACAUAGACAGUCUUGGAGAAACUCUCACAGACCUUAUAAAUUUAAGGAGGGAGAACAAGAAUUUUCAGCUCAUACUGAUAACACACGAUGAAGACUUCUUGGAUCGUUUGAUGAAUGUUGAAAAACUGAAGUACUAUUACAGGGUCACAAGAAAUGCAAAGGGAAACUCGGUCAUUGAAAAGUAUCGUUUUGAAGAAAGGAGCACCCAACAUAGAAACUUUAACUAA